CACUUAAUCUGCAGCUGCAACAAAUACAACGUAACGUAACGAGACGCGAAUUGCCAUCUCUGAGCAAAUACAACGAUAUUCAUAAUAUCAUUCUUUAAACUCGAAAACGCGAGACAAACUAGCAAGCUUUAAUUGAUUUCAUCAGAGAAUCAAUUAGGCUAUACAACCAACUCGCGUUUUUCGAAUUGACCUGGCAUUUUCCUCCACGGGGCCGGCCAAAAAACCGAUUUAUCCACGGGUAGGGUAGAACGGUAACCUAAGCCCACAAAAAAAAAACAACAAAACAUGGAAGUGUGUUAACGACGUGCUUUAAGGGGCAACUUUGCUCGAGUCUACCGAACCCCCGGAUCCCGCGAGCACAGCUUCUGUCCGGAAUGCCCCUGAACGAUGUGGGCCCCGCCGGUGGUGGAGCUUAUCCGGAAAAUGGAACCAAGCACAAGGUGUCGGGAAUGUGGAAGCCGGACUCGUCAGCCGGCCCCAAUUCCGGCUCGGGAUCGGCGGGACUAUCCCUGUUCGGCCUGCAGGGCCAAAAGUGGCAGCAGGUCUUCGACAUGGAAAAGGUCAUCAAGCAGCUGCGAACGGCUGAGAAAACUUAUCUGCGUGGUGGAAAGAACUCCUCCGCCGGUGGAGAUCAACAGGCAAAGGUGCAGGUCCAGCGGCUGCAAUCGGCGGACAUGGCCUACUAUGAUCUGGCGCCGAAGCUGGCCAGCCGCGAUAUAGUACUCUGUAGUUCCUGCUCGGGAUGUUACACGAAGGCAGGUUUCCAGCACCACAUUGCGCUGCAGCAUCCUAGCGUUUGGGAGGCCACAUCCAGCAAGGUGAAUCCCAAUCCAAAUGGGACAACCAUAUCCAGCGACUCUCGUCUCACUGCCACGGAAAUCAGCCAGGAGGGCGGCGCUAUUGUGCCAAGUUCGCCGACGGACACACUUUCGGCCUCGACGCUCUCCAGCUGCUCGAACGGAUCCAGCAGCUCGGCUUCACUGCAGCAUCCGGCUGCUGCGGGUUCAUCUAGCACCACUUCGUCAUCGUCUUCGUCGCGUCACAAGAGCAGCAGCAGCAAAAGUAGCAGUUCCUCCUCGUCUAAGGGCAGCAGCAGCACUUCCGCCGGAAGUAGGUCGCGUUCCAAGUCGUCAAAGAACCGCCACCACACCUCGCCAGCACCGGCCUUGCUGGAGUCCAACCACAAGGAGUCCAAGGGAUCAAAGAAGAGUUCGGCUAUAGCCGCUCCUCCCAUCGUCGCUGUUGUUGUCAAGGAGGAGCCACCAUCUGUAGGCGCUGCUCCGGCCAUAACCGUGUUCUCCUCCUCCAGCAACUCAUCCUGCAGCUUACCACCCACUCCCACGUUGGGAGUUGCCUCCAGCGAGGUGGCGAUGGGGCUCAACUAUUCACCUGCCCAGCUUCAAACGGAUGCGGAAAAGCUGUCCGAGCUGCAGCCAAAGAAAAAGUUGAAAGGCUCCAGCGAUCAUCGAACAAAAGCGGAUAAGGAGAAGAACAAAGACAAGUCUGUGGUUCAAGUGCUCAGCGAGUUGGACCAGGCAGUGUCUUCCAUCACGGGAGCGGCUUCCGCCGAACAGGUGGCACCCGAUGAGGAGGAACUGCCUUUGCCCAAUACCUCCGACGAGAACUCCAUUUCGCAGACGCUCGACGAAAUGCUGGACAGCAAGUUGAUCAACGAGAUUCUGAAUAAUUUCGAUGAGAGCGCUCUGGACACAUCGCAACAGCAGUCACAACAGCAAUCGCAGAAUGGAACUCUUUCGCAUCCCGCACAGGCCACCAAAAGGCUACGCUUUGAGGACGGAACGAUUGGCGAGGAUUACGCCGUCUAUCAGCAGCAGUCGGUUCAGCAGGUUUACGGCGAGGAAGAGCAUCAGCAGGAGCUGACCACCAUCGAUGCCAUGCAGUUGCAGCAACUGAUCUACCAGCAGCAGCAAAUGCUCGAACAGCAACAGCUGCAAGAGCAACAGCAGCAGCAGCAUCAGGAUCAGAAGCUUCAGGAUCACGAGCAACAGCGCCAGUUUAGCGUCUACAACGUGCCAUCCCUGACGGAUGAGGCAAUGGUCAAUCCCCAGCAACAGCAGCUGGAGGAGCACAUGAUCCUGCCCAGUAUUAUAUACGAGAUCAGCGAGUCGAAUCCCGUUUCUAUGCUGGAGCAGAAGGUCUUAGCCGAAUUCCUAACCAAUGCGGGAUACGAAAACGUGGACGUAAAUGUCGUGCAAUCGGGCGGCAUACAAACCACCUUGAGUACUGGAACGGAGGCAAACCAACUGGCGGAUGAACUGGGCGACUUUGAGUUCAGUAAACUGGAGACUGUUAGCGACACCGUAAAGACUGUUAAGCUGGAGGCCAAGGCCGCCAGCCAGCCACCCACAACUAAUCCUCAAAUCAACCAUCAUCCAUCACUGGCCAAUGCCAAAUACCAUGAGGACAGCUACUUCAAUGUGAUGCUGUACUCCGGGGCGCCUCGUCCCUUGGCCAUGAACACGUUCGGCAUGGUGAAGUUGCCCCAGGGCCUGGGCGUUACCUUUCGCAAGAAUCUGCUGACCACGCGGAAGGCGAACAACAAUUUGUUAUCUCUGUCGGGUGGUAGCCAUCUGGGCGUGGUUGGUCAGCUGGCCCGCACACCGCCGCCACCCUCGCCAGCGUUAAGCAAUGGUUUACCUGGUAAGAAUCCCGCGUCGGGCAGAACCAUUUACGCUCAGCGAUCGAAUGUCAUUGCACAAGAUCGACUAAGGUGCAAUAAGAGGGCGCUGGUAGGGGGAAAAGCAGGAGGUGGAUCUAUUGGAACGCCGGGAGUCAUGACGGCCAGGCGUUUGAAUGAGCUGCUAAUGGGAAAGGUCAAAAAAGAGGAGAAGCCACCACCGGAAGGCGAGGAUGGGGGCGAGCAGCCGACGAAGGACAGGGAACGCGACAAGGAGGAGGAUAACAAGCUGACCUUCAGUUUCUACGAGAAACGCCGCCGCCUGUUGGCCGGCAAGCAGGAGCAACUCCAGCCCCUCGGCCGCCCCAGCUUCACCCUGCCGCUCCAAACAAACCACAACGCCAGCCAAAGUCAGAGCCACUCGCCACAGCAGCUCCUCAAGAAGCAGCUGCUACGCACCUUAUCCGACAGCAGCAGCAACAUGAACAUCAGCAACAUGAACAACAUCAGCAACCUGAACAGCAGCAACACUCCCAGCGCCAACACCAAUCCUCCCUGGAAGGGGAACAGUUCCAAUCCGGGAGGCAACUCCACUCCAACCAGCAGCGACUUGAUGCGCGUCUUCGUCUGAUCUGAUCUGAUCUGAUCUUAUCUGAUGUGAAGGUCAGAACGGCGGACUCGCAUCCCUAGUUAUACGUUUAUACAAUAUGAUACUAUUAUGUGCAGCCUCUUCUCUAAAUGCUAAAUUAAUUUUGUAAUAAUUUUUUAAAUCAAUUCUUCAUUUUUUAAAAGUGAUAAUUAGUUAUCGAUUAGUUGAUUGUAUGUAGUUCUCUGUUUAGUCUAUGCCCUAAGUUAAUUUAACCAUUAUACACAUUAAUUUUUCGUGGCUAAGCAUUACGCUAGGUACUCGUGAAUCAUUAUUUAUACACGCUGUAAACUUUUUAAAUACAAGAGCAUGCCUAAGUUCAAUUAUACUUCGGA